AUUAAUAAAUGCAUAUAAGCCUUAUUGGCCCCUCUUGCCUUUAUAUAAUGCCCGCUGACUCCCGCUUUUCUUCUUUUCCCUUGACGGUUGCCACUUCUGUACCAACUCUCUCGCCGAAUUACAGAAGUAAAUAACCACGCCCUAUCACGCUUUCGCCCUAACCCUUAACUGCCACCUUCAACCUUCACUACUACCCUCCUCCCGCCGUCGACUACUACUUCUUUCACCAUGUUGCUGCGUUUCCUGUCUCUGACAGGCGCGUUCUGUUUAAGCAGCUGUGCUGCGUUGUCUUUGCCGGAGCAUAAGGUCGAACUGUCCGGGCUGGAUCCUGAGUUUCGAAGCCGAAUCAUCUCCAACGCCCGUCCAACAAACGUGCCGACCGCUCUUUGUUCAUUCUCAGAUGCUGAAUGUUCGGAAGACAUUGAUCUUCAUUCCCAUCUGACCCUGGACUUCUCUACGGAAAAUGGCACCCUCCUCGCCAACCAUGACCCGAUCUUCCCACCUACUUUCCCAAUGCGAUUCCAUGCAGUCCGGCAUUUCCAAUCGGGCCGAGAGACGGUCGACUUGGCCUAUGAGCUCGAUGUCCGGCCCAUGCCGUCACGCCCUGACGAAGAACUUGGGGGCGUCUUCCUUUUGAAACUCAGACUGUUUGACCUGCAAGGGCGGCCCGCCUCCGAUCACCUCGUCACGAUCACACUGACUCAAGACUCGGACGGAAACCUUCAAAUCACUCAACUUGAAACCAACCCCAUCCUCGGCCAUCACCACCACGACGAACCGCCGUCAUGGAUGGCCCAAUUAACUGCUAGCCUUCAGGCAAUGAAGGACGCCGUCAAGGACUGCAUGCACGGUCCGGGAUCGAAGCCUCCGGCCGCGAGACCCCAGCAUGGCCACAUGCAACCUCCAGUCGACAAGCACCACACGAUCGCUCCAGAGCAUCACCGCUAUUACCACAGGCCCGGCUACUGGGCCGGUCGGGAGAAGAACUUCGGGAGAUUGAUGCGUCCGGUCGUCAUGCCCGCCCUGCUAGGUGUCAUGGCCGGGGUGGUUGCUUGUAUGGUUGGGUUUAUCAUGGGCAAAAUUUUCAUCUCAGUGUUUUACUGUGUUCGGGGUUGCAGGAAGCAGAACCAGAAGAAGACUCAGGCUGCCAUUCCCCAGAUCGUAGUGUUGGAAAGCGCUCCCAGUGAAAAGGAGCGCUUAUUAGCGAUGUGCGAUGAUCAGUGUUGACCAUACAUGAUACGAUCUCUUUACUCUCUUUACUUCCCUUUUUCCUUUUCAUAUGUUCUUUUUGUCGGAUAGCAUAUAUAUACCCAAUGUAACAUACCUAGAUUUUUGAUGACCACACUUUUUACCAGAUAUUACUCGAACAUAGGCCUGCUAAGGUCUCACCUUUCCAACAAUCAAGGCCGGCUGGCCCAAUGGCAAGGCGCUUGACUACGAAUCAAGAGAUUGCAGGUUCGAUCCCUGCGUCGGUCAAUAUUUUUGGUUUUUGAGCCCUGUUUUCGAUCGAUUUUUGUGGACUGAAAAGUUCUUCACCUGGGUAGCUCCACUAUCCGAACCAGCCCUACACCCGAGUCAUUUCCUUCCUUCGGUUGUAAAAAUACCUUAAUUUAUUAUCUUACUGAUCUCUAUCUAAUCGUGGUGGACCGCUGGACAAGGCUGUAGAGAAUGGGGACAUCCAGGGAUCACCACGCGACAUUCCGUGAGCGGAAUCUCUAUCUAGUGGUAUGUAUAUUACUACAAUUCUUCAGAGGAAUCUGCAGGCAUCUUUU